GGGCGGAGCCCACGCAGCCCCGCGCCGCCAGGGAGGGAGCGGCAGCGGCAGCCGGGAGGCCGCUGGCAGGGCAGGAGGGAGCCGGUGGGCACGUCGUCCCGGCACGGCCCGACCUUGCUCGGGAGUGCGCGGAGCUGCGGAGACCCUCGGCCGGGUGGGACAACGCCAUGGUCCCCGCCGACGUCCCGUCCGCCCUGGCGCUCAGGGCUGUGGGCCCCGCGGCCGCCACCCCGUACGGUGUCUUCUGCAAGGGGCUCUCCCGGACCCUGCUCGCCUUCUUCGAGCUGGCCUGGCAGCUGCGCAUGAACUUCCCGUACUUCUACAUCGCGGGCUCGGUGAUCCUCAACAUCCGCCUGCAGGUACACAUUUAGAGCCGCGCCUGCGUGGCCGGGCCUCCGGGGACCCGCAAGAUGGCCGCCUCCCAGGCCGCCCCGCGGCACCGCCGAGGUGCGCGAGAAGAGCGGGCAGACUCGCGAGAGCGCGCUCACGCGCGAUCCGCCCCGGGCCUCCCCUUCCCGGGAUGUGGAGGUGGGGAAGGCCUGCUGAGUCUGUUAAGAGCCGAGAUGUUCCAGAAGCGGAGACACUGAGACCCAAGGAAGUACCUAAGGAGCGCACAUCCGUAAACCCCUGGGGAAUCUUAGGAUCUGACGACGGGCACAGGCCGCGGUCUGAGAAAGGAAAACUAAGUUUCUCAAGAACCCAGAUUUACAACAAACUUACGAUCUGAAUUGAUCUUUGGGAAUACUGGACUGUGAGCUAGUCAUGGAGUCAGAGGCCUGUUACAUGAAUGUGAUCUGAAAAGUAUGUUCUCUCUUCCUCCCACAAGAGGAUACAUUGAAGCUGGGGGUCAAAGCCAUGUUCCCAGUGCAAAUACAACGGCAGGAUUUUGAACAAAUGGUGGCAGAGUGGGAGGAUAUCCCUGUCAGAGAGACAAUUGGAGCCAAAGAAAAGGAAGUUCAGUCAUGGCAGAAAAAAAGGACUGUUCUCUCAUAGUAAUGCAAGUGGACCACAUAUGGCUUUUUCCUUUAAAGGGAAUACUUAAUUUUGGUUACAGAGUGAAAUGCAGAUGUUACAAACCUUGUUGUGAAAAUACAGUUGACAAGUGGAAAAAUAAAUGGAAUGGCGGAGUCCUUGUGGAGUGGGACGGUACUAUGGAGAGUGACUGGGACGUUUCGUGGAUUAUGGACAACCCGAAAGUUUCUAACUGCUAAAUAGAGGGGGGUAACCACAUGAAGUAAGCAGGAAAUGCCCAAAGAUGGAGUGUUCUGAAUGUCCAAAAAAAAAGCAAAUACCUGAAUGUGUGCUAGAGAUUUUUCCAAGUCUGGGGUGAGUUAGUACUUACAUUUUAUUUUAAAAUUAAAACUGAAGUCAUUAUAAACCCCAUGAGAAAUAAAAUACAGUCAUAAAUUAUGCUGCCCUACCUCAUGUGACUGAUACUGUACCUGUAAUAUAAGUACUUGCUUAACAAGAAAUGAUUAUGUAACACUGGGGGGGCUUGAAGAGGAAAAGGAUGUAAUAUAAUGAUGGAAAGUCCAUCAAGAACUAUUACAGAGGGCUGGAGAUUUGGUUCAGUUGGAGAGUAUUGCCUAGCAUGCACAAGGCUCUGUAUUUGAUCCCCAACACUACAAAAAAGAUCUAAUAUAUAAAAAGCAGCAUAAACUACAAUUAGGAAAACCAAUGCAGAAACACGUAAGAGUUAAAAGAGUUAUUUCUGAAGAAAAGAAAUGAAAAUAGGUAGAGGAAAAGCAAGAGUUCGUUCUUUUUUGUUGUUAAUCUAACACUAUUGUGUGAUUCAUUUUUAACCAUGUAUAUGAUUUUCUUCAAUUAAAAUCUAAUUUAAAAUAUUUCACUUUAAAAAUUUCCCCAGGUAAUAUCUCCCACAGGUUAAAUGACACAGAAAGCUCAUGGGAUUGAAAUUCUAAAUCAUACAGGACACUGUUAGUGCUUGAUAAUAUUAAUAUAGAAGUAUUCUGUCUACUCAAGCUUGGAAAUAAUUUUCAUUUCUACUUGUGAUUUUUUUUCUUACAUAUAAAUGUAAUUGUAUUCUUUCAAAACUCAUGUAAGAUGAAUAUAUACUGUUACAGGCUCGA